AUAACUGGCGCCCGAGCAGAUUACAAACGAGCGUAAAGCUGUUUGUACGUAAAAACCACAUAAACUGUAAAAAAGGAUACAAAGGAGCGUAAAGCCGUCUGUAUCACGCGCCGCGUAAAAAUAUAACAAAAAUCACGUAAAGUGUAAGAAAGGAUACAAAGAAGCGUAAAGCCAUCUGUAUCACGCGCCGUGUAAAAGUAUUAAAAAAAAAAAAAAAGCUUCUUCGCUAAAUAUAAUCAUUAGCAACCGCGGCUCUAAAAACUUUUAAUUCGACAAAGGCCCCUUAGUAACCUCGGUAAAAAGGAGGUACUACGUACCAGCCUACGCGAUAGAAACUCAUGCUGCCUAACGAGCAACAUCCAGAGGAGGACAUCACUAGCCCCAUAUCCUCGUUCACGCCAAUCCCGGAAGAAGACGCAAAACGACAAAUAUACGGAGAAGACGAAGACACCGCCGAUUUCCAGGAGACCAUCAGGGAACUAAAAUACAGACAACUCUACAAAACAGAAAAUACAUCAAGAACGAUCAUGGAAAAAAUAGCAUUUUAUUUGUUACUGACAACGACGAUUAUGGCUCAACAAAUUGACAUUCAAGACUUGACCAAUAAUAACGGGUAUAUUCCCAUCAAGACGGACGAAUUAAGGGUAAUCGACCAUUACGACAAGAUCCUUCACUUCGUCAAUCUGACAGCAUACGACGAAACGACUUUUUUAAUUUCACGUAACAUCGAAGCAUUAACAGCAAUAACUUUCGAAGACAAACAAUUAUUGGAUACUUUACAUAAAAACUUCAUUUUACUAAGAGCUAAAAUAGAUAAUUUGCACCCACAUCUUAAGACGAAACGAGGCUUAGUAAACAUAUUAGGUAAAGGACUGAGAUUUAUAGCAGGCACUAUGGACAGUGAGGACGAAGAACAGGUCAAUGACGCCCUUAGUAAAAUUCACCAAAAUAACCAAAUUAUGGAAAACAACAUAGGUAAUCUAACUUACUUUAACAACAUCUUAGCAAAUCAAAUUAGUAACAUUACGAGUCACAUAAAUUAGCAGCAGACCCUU